CGCGCGGUGCGAGGGGUGGGCGAGGAGGCAGCCGAGGCGGUGCGGCGGCGGUGCGGUCUGGCAGACGGCCGAUUCGGGCAGAGCCCGCAAACCUCAGAAGGGCGGCGAGUGCGCGUGCGCGUGCGCUGGUCCAGGCAGCGUUCAAUGCAUCUGCCGGCGGCAGCGGCCGACCAGGGCAGCAAGCAGCAGCCGCCGCGUGAACAGCCGACGCCGACGCACCGCGAGCCGUCCUCGCAGCGGCGUCGCAGGAUGGCCGAAAUGGUGCUGCCCGGUGAACGGGCCCUCACCCAGGUGCUGGCCGAGCACCCGGGCGAACUGAUGCGUACGGGAAGCCCCAACUUGGUGUGUUCGGUGCUUCCCAGCCACUGGCGCUCCAACAAGACGCUACCGGUGGCGUUCAAGGUGGUCACCCUCGGGGACGUUUGCGACGGGACCCUGGUCACGCUGCGCGCGGGAAACGAUGAAAACUACUGCGCCGAACUGAGGAACGCUUCGGCCGUUGUCAAGAAUCAAGUGGCCAAGUUUAACGACCUCAGGUUCGUCGGCAGGAGUGGAAGAGGCAAGAGCUUCACCAUCACCAUCACACUGAGCACGAAUCCCCCGCAAGUGGCCACAUACACCAAGGCCAUCAAGGUCACCGUCGACGGACCCCGGGAACCACGCAGUAAGACGCGCCAACAGCAGCAGUUGAGGGCGUUCGCAAGUGCGUUCGGUCAACGACCUCCGUUUCUGGACCCGCUACGCGAAUGGGAUCACCUUCGAAGGAAAACGGCUGAACAGUGGGCACUGGAAAUCCCACGGAGGAUACCCGGAGCAGGAGCCCAUCACGACCCCAGCCAAGUUCUGCACCUGGGCACGGACCCGCACUGGGGUACGUACCAGCACUACUCGACGUACCUGGCGGCGGCCGGCCCGUUCGUCACCGCGCCUCAGGCUCUGGGGCUCGACGGGUCGGGGCCGCCUCCCGGUGGAGACGGGUCACCUUCCUCCUGCCCUUCCAGCGGCGCCUCGCAGCUCACGCCUGGCGACCGAUCGAACGGCUCCAACAGCAACAGCAUGACCGGCGGCGGAGGAACGGGAGGAACCAACGGCCCUGCUAGCGGCGGUGGGGAACCGCCUCCGCCGUCGGCCGCUGCUGCUGUGGCAGCCGCGGCCAACCUGGGCCUAAAGGUGGACCCGCUGUUGCUGGGCCGGUACGGCAACGCCGUCGACCUCUGCCUUUCCGACAGGCUCUCCGAACUGCGCCAGGGACUCGCCGGUGUCAACGGCGGAUCGGCAUUCGCACACCAGCCCAACACCACGACCGGUAGCUUACUGGCGACGACCGCAGCAGCCCCGUACCUGAGCCACGCCGCCGCAGGCUACGCUGCGGGACUGCUGGGCCCGCACGGCUACUACACCAGCGCCAACGGCGCCACUUGGCCUCCUGCGCUAGCACCGACGCUGCUCUAUCCUCAACUCUACGGUGGAGCCGUGGGACAGCCGAACGCCGCGGCGGCGGCGGCCGCUGCUGCUGCCGCAGCGGCAGCCGCGGGCCUGCACCCGGGUCUACAGCUGCUGCGCAACGAACUGCGGGCUGCCAGCCUGCACGGCGGCAGCCACCACCACCCACUGGGCGGCGGCGAGUCCUCGUCUCCGGACAGGUCCGCCACGGCGUCGCCGAUCAUGGACAGCGACCUGAGCUGUUCCUCGCCGAAGCACGCCCGCUCUCAGGACGAUUCAGACCGGAGCGUGUCGCCGCCGCCGCUGCCUCUUCCGAUGCCGAUGCUGGACGACGUCGUGGCGAGGAAGAAGCCCUCGCCGCUGACAGCCACGACGUUGACGUUGGCGGGCGGUGCGACGUUAAGCAAAGCGGCCGGCGGUGUCGCCGGAGGCACCCCUCCCGUGCUCCCGCUCGUGGUUCCCCCGCCUCCUAGUGUUGUGAGUGGUACACGGACAGGUGGACUGGUGACGACGACGACCGCGCCGACAGCGGCGGCGCUUCUGUCGGCGUCGGGUGCUACGACGGCGACGCGGGGUUCUUCUUCUCCGACGGCGAACGCGGCGACCAACGGACACGGUGGCAGUGGCGAUUCUUCGCUCUGGAGACCGUACUGAACAGGAGAAGAUAAACGUGAAACCGCGUUGUGUGCGUGCGAACAAAGUGCUGCUGACGCUAUGAGAGAGAAGAGAGGUGCAGUGCCAUCAGUUGUACAUAGGUGUCUCCCAGCACGCCGAGGACGUUCUCUGAGACAAUGCGUGUUCACUUCUAUUUUUAUCAUACUCUACUGUGAGAAAAGUUCAGCUGCGCU